CUGUUAUAGAUGAUUUAGACUGGAUAUAGAUUUUCUGUAACAGUGUUGUGGUGGUGUGUCCAACAUGCUUAAGAGCAGGUAGUCUGCUGCAAUGGUUCCCAACCCAAUUCUAUCCUGACGGUGUGCAUCUGUCCACAGCCCCAGAGGUCACUCUGAGGGUCACAUGAAAGGUAACAUCUAACGAGUAAUCUAGCGAGAACAAAUGUAAAACAUUGUAGAUGUAAAGUAUUCUAGAGUCAAAAUGUCUGAAUACCAUACAAGUCAUUUUGACCACAGCAAUUGACCAACAUUAUUUAUCAUCUGGGACCUUUGACCUCUUGGGCCUAACCGUUCAAAUGGAAGUUUGAUAAACAAACCAGAAUUAAUGAACCAGACCUCUCUAGUUUAACCCUGACCAUAACUGUCAUUAUUUAUUGCUUAAUAAACAACACAUUUACCCUCUUUCAUGAUAUAAAUAUAACAUGAUGAACAAUAUGAAAAUGAAUCAACAAAGGGUGCAAAUGAACCCUAACAAUCACAUGAAAUAAACAGCAUCAAAUACAUCUGUAAUAACCCAGAUCGGGGGUGUUUGCCCACUUCGCGCGUACGCGGGGCACGGACGAUCGGCGCGAACAACGGCUGGCGGGGGCGGCGCUGGCGGUCCGAACGAACGGUCCGACCGACGAUUCGCUGACGGCAGGCCGUACGCACUCCGGUGGAGGACCGCACUGGACGGGCAGCCGGACACCGGCGGCGGGCCGCGAGUUCGACAUAUGAGACCAAGAUAAAUAAUAUGGACAGUUCAAUAUAAUUAAAUCUAUGGUUUAAAUACACGUAUUCUGCCACAUACUGUUGGAGAUGUGAACCCGUUUACUCUGCGUCUCAUUGAACUAACCGAUCUCUCUGCGGUCAUUGAAGCGACACAAUGCUUGGAACAUAAAUAUCAGAGCCAAGAGCAACGAGUGUAGUCAACUACUGUUGCACAGAUCCCGUCGGACCAGGAUUAUAUAUUUAUCUCCAUUAAUGAACUUUUCUCCUCAUGUUACCAUAGUAACCGCUGGCAUCGCAGACGGAUUUCUAGCAUACACACGUUCCAUUGCGUUGAUUAUUACUGUGAAAAUCUACGUGCUUCCGGUUUAGCGGCUACGCUUCGUAUAUUCGUUUUAUGGAAAAACACACAAAAGGGACAAACGGAGUGAAAAGUUGUCAGUUGGUCUCGUUUUUUGGUUCUAAACGAAGAACGAGAAAACGACUGCUCACUUCCGUUUUCUCGUUUUUGGUUCUAAACUAAAAACGCGAAAACGGCCGCCGACUUCUGUUUUACCGUUUUGGAUUAGAAACGAAAAACGAGAAACGAGUGUUUUGGUUUUUACGGUAAAAGGGACGAUCAAAAGGUACACGGACCGAAAAGUUGUCAGUUGGUCUCGUUUUUUGGUUCUAAACGAAGAACGAGAAAACGACUGCUCACUUCCGUUUUCUCGUUUUUGGUUCUAAACGAAAAACGAGAAAACGGCCGCCGACUUCCGUUUUACCGUUUUGGAUUAGAAACGAAAAACGAGAAACGAGUGUUUUGGUUUUCUGGUUUUUACGGUAAAAGGGACGAUCAAAAGGUACACGGACCGGGGGCCGUUUCUCAAUAUGCGUUCUUGUGUGGACUUUUGUUCUCGUGGACUCGUGAAACGUCAUCAGUCGCAGCCCGAGUACUGUUCCAAUUCUCAAGUCCGCAUCUGGCCGAGAACGGUCAUAAUACCCGGAUGUGGCUCGCCCCGCCCAUUUUACCGGGCAUGCAUCGGAGCAGGCUCGUCUGUUCUUGUGAGAGACAUAUAUCCCAGAAUGCAUUUCACCUCAGCAACAGGCAACAACGACAGAGGAAAAUAAACACAACUUCAUGUCGAAGUUUAUAAAUACUACUUUUUUUAAGUAACGUAAUGUAAUUUUCUGACUGAAUAGUAAAAUGUUUAAGUCAAAAACUAAAAUAAAAACGUAUUAGCAAGACCAGCUGACGUGGUGACGUCAUCAAGUCAGCUGCUGUUCCAACUGCGGAAAUGACCGUUCUCUGUUCUCCCGAACCUGCGAGUCAGGACUCCCGAGUCUGUCUCCCGAGUCUAUUCUCGCGGGAACGCGAGUCCGUUCUCGCCGUCUUAGGUAUUGAGAAACGGCCCGGGUCUUCGCCGCUCUCUUCCCUGCGCAACAGGCCUGCAUCGUGAUUGGACAAGUGAUUGGGUACCCAUGUUUGUUUUAUUUGUAUUAGUUAGUUACCUGCCGGCUUAGAUAGAAAAGGGUUUGACAGAGGUCUAAAAGUUCGAAGCUACAGUUGAAGUAAGUGACUGGACGCAGUCUAACAACCUAUAUGUUUGAGUAUUAUUUUAUGUGUAUUUGUGAAUCCCAGUUCCAGUAAAGGGUUAAAUGUAUUAUCUUGUGUACGUGGUAUGUCUUCCUAAAUAAUUGGUGGUAUAAGGUGCUAAAAUAAUAGGGGUAACAGAUGUGUAGUAACCUAGUAUUAAUUAUAUAAAUUAAACAGUUAAGAAUUCGGGCAGCGCACUCCUUUAACAAAGCCAGGACAGCUAGGGGGCGCUACAAAUAUACAUAAAUUAUAAGUAAUAUAGGCUUUGUUAAGAGCAAACGACCAACUCAAAAUACUAUAAUAAUGCCGAUUAACACAAAAGACUUCCUCAAUAUAUGACUGACAAAACUAAAAUCUAAAUUUGUGAGAAAAUAUGUGUCACAUCAUCCACAGCUCAGAUCCACAGACGGCGAAAUGGAUUCCUUCAAGUGGCCUAUGCUUUAUGUGAUCCUUUGCUUUAGAGUUACUCAAACUGAAGAUUCAUCUUGGACAAUAAUGGUGCCAUCUUCAGUUAAAGGUCUCCCCGGAUCCUGUGUGGUCAUCCCUUGCUCUUUCAACUACCCAGAUCCAGAAAAAGAGAUCACUGCGUUCUCUGGGAUAUGGUACAUCGCUGGUGGUUCAUCGAUCAUCUACCACUCAGACAAGUCGAAAAUGAUUGAGGAUUAUCAGAGUCGAACAGAGCUGCUGGGAGACGUCAGCCAGAAGAACUGUUCUCUAAAGAUUGAUCCCCUUAAACCAAGUGACGGAGGGCCUUUUGUUUUCAGGAUUGAAAUGGAAGGCUACGACAAGUUUUUAUACAGAGAGAAGACAUCCAUUACAAUGAUUAGUGAACUGAAUGACAUCAAUCUCAACGUGAAGGAGGAGUUAAAGGAGAGUCAAAAUGAGGUCGCAUCCUGCUCCGUUUCUCACUCCUGUCCAACUUCACCACCUGUCUUCACCUGGAGUUUCCCUGGAGAACAACAUUUCCAAUCAGAGCAGCUGGGCGAUGGCCAGUGGACAGCGACAUCUACUUUGCGUUUCCACCCUACCAGCGCUGAUCACAACAAGACCUUAAGCUGCACCGUGACAUACAAAGGAGGGCAGCACCACAAAACAGAAAGGAUCCUUAGAGUGAAAUAUGCCCCAGUGAAUGUGAACAUUGAACACAAGUCAGAUGUAACGGAGGGAGAAGCUGUGCGCCUGAGCUGCUCUUGUGAUGCUCACCCUCCUGCCAGCAGCUAUCAGUGGAGUGAUGAAACCGGUGCUAAACUGCAUCAAGGAAAUGUCUACAUGCUGCCAAACGUCUCCAGACACACAGGAGCCCUGUUCUGUACUGCCAUCAAUGAAAUAGGACAAGGCAAAUCUAUUCCUGUGCGGCUCAAUGUGUUGUAUAUGCCUGAAAUCAAGACUGUCUCCUCCUGCUCUUCAGAGGCAGAUCUGGUGAAGUGCGUGUGCAUUGCAGAGUCCCAGCCCGUCAGUAUGAUCCAUUUUGUGCUUUCUGACAGAGUCCUGCCAGGAGUGAAGGUAGAACAACGUGGCACCAUCACCAUCGGAAAUCUGCAUGCAGAGUUUGGAUCGUCUCGGGUUGUUCACUGUGUGGCCAACAACACGCUUGGCAAUGCAAACCUAACACUCUCUUUACCUGUUAACAAUACGAUGCAGAAUCUUUAUAUUGUCGUUGCUUCUGGAGCAGCCGGGAUUUUGGUGACGGUUUUAAUAAUUGUCAGCGUUUUUAGAAAGUGCAAGGGGAAAUCUGCAAAUGCACAAACUGGUCACAUUAACCCUGAGAAGACGGACAAAGACAUGGCGCUCCCUCACUGCUCUGCUACUAAAAGAAAAGAGAAGAGUUGUGAAGAUGUACAUUCUGCUGACAUUUUUGACAACGAUCAUGUCUAUGGCAACAUGGAGAACAACCUGGAGCUUAACGCCCUGAAGACAGUGGACUUCAGGAAUUACACAGCCCCACCUUCCCUCCUCACAUUGUGUGAAUCCCCCGUCACCACAUUGGACUCCUUUCGUUUCCUGGGCUCCAUUAUCACCCAGGACCUCAAAUGGGAGCUGAACAUCAGCUCCAUCACCAAAACGGCUCAGCAGAGGAUGUUCUUCCUGAGGCAGCUGAAGAAAUUCAACCUGCACCGUGUGGUGUGGUGCUCUGCAGAGCGGAUGACACGCUGCAGCCACAGCCAAGGACAAGGGCAGGCGGCAGCGUGUCAUCCGCUCUGCAGAGAGGGUGAUUGGCUGCAAUCUGCCGUCUCUCCAGGACUUGUUGGCUUCCAGGACUUUGAAGCGGGCCAGUAGGAUUGUAGCCGACCCCUCUCACCCCGGACAUGAACGGUUUGUGCCCCUUCCAUCCGGGCAGGAGGCUGAGGUCCAUCAGGACUAAAAUCUCCUGCCACACAAACAGUUUCUUCCCUUCGGCAGUCGGGCUCAUCAACAGAGCUCGGUCCCCCCAUGACUGACUCUCACUCUCUACAUGCACAUACACUUUGUCACUUUCACUUGUCACUUUUUGUUAGCUGGUGCACUUUAUCUUUAUUUUUAUUUUUGUUUAUUUCUUAACUUACUAACCCAAAGCUUUAGCUUACUAACCCAUAGCAUUUAUUUCAUUAUAUUUUUUAUCUCAUUCCUGCACUACGUUGUCUGUUGACCAUUGUCGUACUGUCGCCGUCAUGCACCAACCGCCAAGUCAAAUUCCAUGUCUGACAUAUUCUGGCAAUAAACAUUUCCUAAUUCCUGAUUCCAGAAUGGAAAGGGUGAUAUUAAGGUCAUAGGAAUUAUAGAGCCUGUUGCUUCCUUCCCUCCUUUGUACCUCAAUGUGCAGUUCACAGGCUCGCUGAAGUCAGUGGGUUGAAGGGGAACGCUCAGCUUAGGAAACCGUCUCCCAUUGCCAGUAUUCAGCCAAGUUGUUUGUUAGAUCACUCUCACUCACCAUGGCUCCAGUAGAGUUGGGGCUGGAAUUCUUGGGGGGGAGUGAGUCACAGAGCAAAAGAAAGUGAAUUCCUUUCCCAUGCUCUCAGACAGAGAUGUAGGCUGUGGUUUCCUGUAGAGUAGAAUAUCAACAUUAUAUCAUAAUAAUCAUAGUAAUUCAAAUAUGUACAAAGAAUCUUAGUGUGUUUCCUUUGAAAUGAUUGAUCAUUAAAGUAAUCUAUAAUACUCACCUAUAAUGUCAAGGUAUAGUGGAUCAUUUUCGUUCGGUGAAGGUCCUGUAAUGUGGCAUUUCAACCCUAAAGUAGAAAGGGCCAACACCGGUAGUCUUGACACCAUCCAGCAGCGUGGCGCAGUUGUGUGAUUGCAGGUGUUCCUGUGUUAUAUUCCUCCGGCAGUUGCCAUUUGGGGACAUUAGGGUUAAGACGACCGUUUCCCUGUUCUUCCACCUGUUCACGUUUGUCUUUGAGGAGGGUUUGGGGUAAGUGUCGAGGCAGGGAAUGACCACACAGGAGCCCUGCCCCACCGCAAUCUUUUUCGGCAUGUUUGCUAGCCAAUGGUCCUGAGACGACUGGACACGGUUCAAUGAAAACAAGAAGAAGAGAACAUUGGUUUAUCAUCAACUGUGAGAUUAAGUGUACCGUGCAAAAUAAUGUUUAAUGUAAGACUCACCAUGUAACAGCAGAAAGGAAAAGCACACCUUCAGCUCCAUCACUUAAUCCGGUUAAGGCAAUAAAAGACUUAUUAUACAACUUCAUGUUGUAUUUUGCACCAUCAA